UCUAAUAUGCAACGUCAACAUUCACUACUUCCGUUAUCAGACAUGGCCCCUGUGUUUACAACUGUCAAACAACUUUUGGAGGAAAAUUCGGAGCAACAAUUUCUGGAUGCAGCCAAAAUAUUGACUAAAUUUGCAGACAAUAUAAUAAAUAACCCAAAUGAAUCGAAGUAUCGCAAAAUACGACUUGGGAACCCAACGGUGGAGUCUAAACUUAUCCCAGUGGUUGGGGCACUGGAGUGUUUAUUUGAGAUGGGCUUUGUAGAAGAUGGAGAAUUCUUGACUCUACCUCAAAACACGCCAUUGGCAACAAUCAGAGAAAUCCGCUCUGAGUUGGAUAAAUACAUAAAAUCAGUGGGACAAGUUAAUGGACCUUCAAAUUCGCAGCCUGCAGCUUCAGGGACUCCUCAGCAACCACCUCCCUCCGUGGCGAAACCAAAUUCAUCACCCCAAACACCCAUUUCUUCCAGGACAGCACCAAAUCCAUUGCAAAACAAGUCCCAACAAGAGAUAAAUCAAAUGGAAAGGAGAUUCUUCACCAAAAUAGAAAGCAACCUUGUCCAUGUCUUGUUGUAUGAAGAUCCUAGACUGCAGCAGAAAGCAAGAUCCGUAAUUCCAUUGGAAACCUUGAAGAAAGAAGCUCACGAUAAAUUAGAAACAAUAAAGAAAGAAGACAGCUCAGCCCUGGCAAGCAUUGACUUUAGAGACCUCAUGUUACUGGGGUUACUGUCCUGGUUUAAGAAUUCCUUCUUCAGCUGGGUGGAUGCACCAAAAUGUGAUGGUUGUGGUGGGGAGACAAGGAAUGAAGGGAUGGUAGAACCCACUCCCGAGGAACUACGUUGGCAGGCCAACAGGGUAGAGAACUAUAAAUGCAACCAGUGCCAAAAGUUUGUGAGAUUUCCCCGGUACAACCACCCCGAGAAGCUGCUGGAGACGCGCUGUGGGAGGUGUGGGGAGUGGGCCAAUUGUUUCACUCUCUGCUGCAGAGCGGUCGGUUUCGAGGCCAGAUACGUGCUGGACUGGACUGACCACGUCUGGACUGAGGUUUAUUCGGAAGUCCAGAAAAGAUGGCUGCACUGUGAUCCAUGUGAGAAUGUCUGUGAUAAGCCUCUCCUGUAUGAAGUAGGCUGGGGCAAAAAACUGACAUAUGUUUUAGCAUUUUCCAAAGAUGAAGUUCAAGAUGUUUCAUGGAGGUAUUCUGCUAAUCAUUCUGAAAUGCUGAAUAGAAGAAAUGAAUGCCGGGAGUCUUGGCUAGUGCAGGUUAUCCAUAGGUUAUGGAAAGCUAGAGAACCAAGUAAUUCACCGCAGAGAAAUGAGGAAAUGAAAAAGAGGCUGCUGACAGAACUAGUGGAGUUCAUGACUCCGAAAUCCAGCGCAGGACAAAAUUUGUCAGGAAGAACCACUGGAUCUUUAGCCUGGCGACUAGCUCGAGGUGAGACAGGGUCCCAGUCAUCAUCAAACACCGAGCCCUAUAUAUUUAAACUCACUGAUAAAGAAAGGGAGGCCAAGAUCUUCCACAUCAAAUACAGUUGUACCAAGGAUGAGUAUACAAGACUUUCCAACAAUGGGGAGGUGACAAAAUCAUACUCAGCCUGCGUAAACAAACAACAGAAUAUAUUUAGGAAGGAAGAGAGGGACUGGAAGAUGGUGUAUUUAGCCAGAACAGAGGGGUCAGCCACGGCGGCCAUCUCCUGGAAAUUUGAUUUCUCUGGAAUGGAAAUUGACAGAAUUGAGAUCUGUACAUCUAGUCAAACUUUUGAGGAUGGUGUUAUAUCAUGGCGUCUUUGUAGCAAAAACCAGUGUGCCAUGUUGACCGGUGCCCCAGAAGUAACAUCAUACAGUGACCUCUCUGGUGCAGACGAAAUGACACUGACAGCCAUGUUGAGUGGAGGAAAAGGGGAUGUUGCCUGGCAACACACACAGCUGUUUAGGCAGAAAAUGGACAACUCUAUAUUUCACCCCCUGGACAUAAAAGUCUACUUUAAGUAGAUAAAAUAUACUAUCAGUACUUGAUUUUAUAUAGGGAACAAGUGCAUAUAUGUCUCUACUGAAUUUGACUUCUUUGUACAAUUGUUUGAUUUUUCAUCGUCUAUAUUUUCUAACAUACAUGUAGAUCAUGUUCACAACUUCAUGUGUUCAAGUUCACUUGUGACCAUAAGACCUCUGACAAAUUUCACAGGGGUGGGGGGGGGGCAGCUCCUCUCAUUUCCAACCACUAAUCAUAUUUCAGCUUUCAUAAUUUUACAUAAAAAGUAAACAGAAAGUACUGGUAAGCAGCUGACGCUGAAUGUUAUAAAAAGGCUUAUGUGAUUGGUCAAAA